AUGGGUUAUGGGCUGUCUUUUUCAGUAGUUUGCUGUUUUGUGGCUUGGCAAGUGGAACUUUGGCGUCGUAGGCUAUCUCUGGUUAAGUCUCAGGAAGACCCAAACGAUGACAACCCCAGUAACUUAAGCAUCAUGAUUUUAACUCCACAGUAUUUCUUGCUAGGGCUAAUGGAAGGAUUUGCAGAAGGCGGACUAGAGAGUCUCUUGAGUGACAGGUUGUACUCCAAGUCAAUGAAGAACUUUGUGGAACCGUGCAUCGAAAUGUUGUUGGGGAUCGGGACAUUCUCCAGCAUUCUAUUUGCAUUAAUGUUUCAUAGCUGGAUCAAGGAUGACGUAAACGAUAGUCGCCUGGAUAAUUAUUUUCUGGUGUUGGCAUCACUAAGCUCGGUGUGCCUCGUGAUUUAUCUAUUCUAUGCCAAGUUCAACUGCCAGCAACUCCAAUUACAAGUUCAGGCGGAUAUUAAUCACUAG